AUGGAUUGUGGUAAUUACAGGGUAAUUAAACUAACAGAGUAUGGAUUGAAAGUUUUAGAGAGGAUUCUGGAUGAGAGAUCAGGAGAGACAGUAAAGAUCGGGAAACAGCAGUAUGGAUUCAUGAGGGGAAGAGGGACGGUGGAUGCCACCUUCAUAAUAAGACAGCUACAAGAAGAGAGACUAGAGGGAAACCAGAAGCUCUUUUGUGCAUUUUUAGACCUAGAGAAAGCAUACGAUAGAAUCCCAAGAGAAGUGAUGUUUUGGUGUUUGAGGAAGAGGAAAGGCCUAGAAAAGUUGGUUAGGCUGGUCGAGAUGAUGUAUCAGAGAACGAGAACAAAAGUAAUAAUAGCAGUUGGGGAAGCAGAAAACCGUGAAUUUAGGUCAGUAUUAAGCCCAUUAUUGUUUUUGCUGGUCAUGGAUAUGUUGAGUGAAGAGAUCAGGAAUCUUCAAAGAGCUGUGAGAGUUGUUGUACGCCGAUGA